UUAUCAUAUAAACAUAACCUAUCCAUUUGAUUGUCUUAAAACGUGACAAUGUUUUGAUUUUUAAAAAUUUGGAUGACUUGCUUUCAAUAUUUUCCAGCAUAAUGCUGAGGAAUUAUCUGACAACAGUUCCGUACACAAAAUUCGUAAUCAUCGAGGAUAAUCUUCAAGAGAGAGGCAAAUCAAUUUUUGAUUUUAUCUUGAAAAUUCAUUUGGAUCGAUUACGAGAUAGAAUCCACUACUUUGUCUUCCAGGAAAAUUUCAACCGUGCAAAGGACAGUCUUGGACAAAAAAAUAUAGUUCUCUAUGAUUUUGUUAGCAAUUCUCAGGGCUGGAGAGCUGAUCCAAUAUCAGAGGAUUUCGAUGAUGUGGUCAAAAAACUUGGACCUAACGAUGUAGUAUUCAUUGAUUCAUUAGCUCAUGUCAUUUAUCAUUAUGGACUGGCAGAGUCCUACAAGAUGUUCAAUUACCUAAAAAACCAAUCAGGUAUCGAGCAAAUCAUAACUCUCCUUCAUCAGGAUCUUCUUUUAGAUAAUUUGAAAACAAAAGAAUUAUUCCAUCAUUUGAGUACACUCAGCUUGAGUUUGAAACCAAACUUUGUGACUCCCAAUAAAAGAAUACAAUAUACUUUCAAAAAACUUGGAGGCAAAAUUGUCAAUGAG